GAUGGUCGGAGACUGAAAGGAGCCAUCCAAAGGAGCACAGAAACUGGGCUGGCUGUCGAAAUGCCCAGCCGGACCGUCCGUCAAGCCAGCCAUGAGUCCAUUGAGGACAGCAUGAACAGCUAUGGAUCAGAGGGAAACUUGAAUUUCAGUGGAGUCCAUCUGGCAUCUGCUGGGCAGUUUAGUGACUUCCUGGGCAGCAUGGGCCCUGCACAAUUUGUUGGGCGUCAGACCUUGGCCACCACCUCAAUGGGGGAUGUGGAAAUUGGCUUGCAAGAGCGAAAUGGGCAGCUGGAAGUGGAUAUCAUUCAGGCUCGAGGACUGACACCAAAACCCGGCUCCAAAACACUGCCAGCUGCUUACAUCAAAGCUUACCUGCUAGAGAAUGGCGUGUGCAUUGCAAAAAAGAAGACAAAAGUGGCUCGCAAAUCAUUAGACCCUUUGUACAAUCAGGUGUUACUGUUUGCUGAAAGCCCCCAGGGCAAAGUAUUACAGGUGAUAGUCUGGGGAAACUAUGGACGCAUGGAGCGCAAGCACUUCAUGGGAGUCGCCAGAGUCCUUCUGGAAGAACUGGAUUUGUCAACUUUAGCAAUUGGCUGGUACAAGCUCUUCCCAACCUCCUCGAUGGUAGAUCCCACUACAGGCCCGCUCCUGCGUCAGUCCUCACAGCUUUCCCUGGAGAGCACAGUGGGACCCUGCUGUGACAGGUCUUAG